AUGUCUGACAUUAGAAGUAACGUGGAAGAAGUUCGUAAUCGGGUUAUUUUACAAGAAUUUAGCGUGAAAAAUGUUCAUACGACCAAUUUCCCUGGAAACUACCCUGGCUAUGAUGACACUUGGGAUAUGCGCACAUUCCAAAAGAGCUUCAGAAUUGAUGUUGCACAGAUGACCGAUAACUUGAUGGAGUUUGAUAUGGUGGGGAUUGACGCAGCCAUUGCCAAUGCCUUUAGAAGGAUCUUACUAGCAGAGGUCCCCACCAUGGCUAUUGAAAAGGUUUUUAUUUACAACAACACAUCUAUUGUCCAAGAUGAAGUCCUGGCACAAAGACUAGGCCUGAUACCCAUCAAAGCUGACCCAUUUCUGUUUGAGUACAAAACCAUUGAUAAGGAUUCUGCAGAGGAGGACGUUUCAGAAAUAGACACAAUACAACUUUCCCUCAAGGUUAAAUGUACCAGGAAUGUGAAAGCAAGCAAAGAUUCUUCUGAUCCACAGGAACUCUAUUUAAACAACAAAGUCUAUUCCAGAGACAUUAAGUGGGUCCCAAUUGGUAACCAGGCUGAUGUGUUUGCGGAUUCAAGUAUUGGACCAGUACAUGAUGACAUCCUUAUAGCGCUGCUCCGGCCAGGACAGGAACUUGACAUUGUUAUGCAUUGUGUCAAAGGAAUAGGGAAGGACCAUGCUAAGUUCUCACCUGUGGCAACAGCAAGUUACAGACUCCUGCCAGAGAUCACCCUCCUUGAUACUGUGCAGGGAGAGAAGGCAGAACGCUUAAAACGCUGCUUUUCACAAGGAGUUAUAGAACUGGAAGAAGUUAACGGGAGCAAAAUUGCUAAAGUAGUGAACAGUCGCUUGGAUACAUGCAGCAGAGAAGUGCUUCGCCAUGACGACUUGAAGAAUGUGGUGAAACUUGGACGAGUGCGAGACCAUUUCAUCUUUUCUGUGGAGUCUACAGGAAUCCUGCCCCCGAACGUCCUGGUUGCAGAAGCUAUCAAAGUCCUUAUGGCUAAGUGUCAGAGAUUGCUUAAUGAACUGGACUCUACUGAUAUAGAGUGA